AUGGUUUUCAAGGCCGCCAUGCUCAUCCUGAUGCUCGACCAUCCUCUCGGCCCACCUGGUCAAGCGAAGUAUCCCCUCAUCCCCACAGACGUCGACACCUUGCCUCGGGCUAUUGAAUCCUGGUUUGCCGAUGCCGAAGAAGACCUCAGCGAGUACGACCAUGGCCGAUCCUGUGUCACCCUGCUUGUCCGCUUCCCAGGCGGUUUUACCACAUACAUGCCCGAUCAUGCCGUUCUUACCUGCAACAUCGAGAAGAAGACAACGGAGGGGAUGUCUACCAUCACCAUUGUCCUCUAA